AUGGAGUCCUCCGAUUCUCCCGUGAUUACCGCGAUCAGGUACCUUACCGGUCUCAAUCCUGGCCUCCAUUGGCUUUGUCAUCGGUCUUCCAAUGCAAACCAAGGUGCCAGCGAUCCUUCGAGUUCUACUCUCGAUCAACGAAUCGAAGCAACGAUAGUAUGCAUGGAACUAUUCGUUGAACCAGAAAACAACCCAACCCUAGAGCUUUUCCAGGACAAGAUUGCCCGUUUUCUGGAUUGCCAGUUUUGCGUAAAGGCAUGGCACAAUGCAAAAAAAACAGUCAGAAAGAAUUAUGAAGGGGACUACGCUCCGGACGUAUUGGACCAUUUUGUUCAGGGUAUUGAUAAUUGGGACUACAAGCGAAUCCUUACCACUUUGCUGCCUACAGAGACAGCGUUACGGAACCGAAAACCGGGGGAGACAGCAAUGGGCUACAUUAACAACCGCGUGUAUGUCGCUAUAUAUGACUGCAUGUUUGUUCCCCAACUACUGGACAAGUACAACGACCUAGCCCAAGCCUUCAUCACAACAUUCAGCGCAAUACAGGAAGGUGGUCGUCAUAUGGGGAUGGCUGAGUCCCUUCCUGCUCUUUGUGCAUUCCUUUUCAUGCAACCUGUUGUCCUUAAGGACUGGGCGGUGAAAUGCCUUCAAAGGAUGGCCAAACCAAUUGGUCCCCCGGAAUACGAUAACUGGUUGCAACAAGAUUUUAAGAAAGCCCUUAGCAUCGCCUCAUCCGCUACCACUGAGUGGGGCUUUAUGACGAGAUUCUGGAGCGGAACUGCUGUUUUGAUAGAGGCUUUAGACAAGUCGGUCAUUGUUAGCCGGAUAGCAGGGAGUGAUUGUGACAUAUUCCGGGCGUUGGUUUCCCACCUACAAUGGAAUAGCCCUCAUCUCCUUCUUCUACUACGUCUGCUGAAGUCACUUCUCACCAAAACCAACACUGAUUUCUGGGAGGCGGUGGGCUCCAUGCCACCAACGGUUUUACUCGAAUUAAUAUUCAACAACCCCAAGUUCGACGAGACAUUUCUUGGGAUAUCGAUUUCCGACAAUGUACUUGACCCAUCUCUAGUGGAUCUAACUAACUGGGUUAGCCCGUUUGUUAGCUCACUCAACUUGUCAACAAGACCGCAAGCUUGCGCCUCGCUUCUAUUCCAAUUCCUCCAGCGUCUCCAAGACAAUCGCUUUCCCAUCGAGGCUAGGCAAUCCUGCGUUAGCAUAGGGCUCAGCGUGUUGGAUAAAACCUUUGAGCUAUUCCAAGGACGGGAUUUCGGGUUGGACGAAACGCAACAUCAAGGAAAUCGUAUUAUCCUCAGAGAAAUAAUAAGUUUGGCCAACUCCCACCUUCAGGUUCUGUUGAAAUCUCUUUCCAAGGUGGGCACAGAAGAUAGGAUUACUGCGCUUAGCGUAUUUCAGUCAAUUCUUCGAAUGGAGUGCAGAAUCUUUCAAGCCGAUUUCAAGUCUCUUCUUCGUGACAAUACCUUAUCGCCUUCGGCUAUUGCAUAUUCCCCUGGAGUCUGGGGAGGGUUAUAUGACAGUUUUCCAACCGACGAUUUCGAAUACGCUCGGAUGAUACUGUGUGCGACAUCAGAUCUAACAAGUAUCGAAAAGUUAGUGACAAAGGGGGACCCGAUGAACGAGCCGGCCCGGCUAGAAUUUAACAAGAACCUAGGACAUAUAAAAACCUCUGCGUCCAACUUUCUAAAUCGCAUAGCAGAAUAUGACGCCUUAGUUCUAAAGAAAUUAUUCGCCGAUAAAGUGGCAUCGACCGCCCUUAUCUUUUCUUUAUUCGAUCCUUAUCAGGAAAACUACCUCGCCUCUGCCGACAUCCUCAAGCAGGCUUUCGGAACACUAGAAAAGCUUAAGGCGUUGAUGGGCCUCCUUAUGGAGUAUUUUGAUCAGACCCUGGUUGCACUCGAUCACUCCAUUUCCCAAUUGCGAGAUCUAAGGACCUUUGGGCCGAUGCCACGCUUUCUAAAAACCUCCGACAAUAUCCUAGAAAUAUUUUGUUGCCCUCGUUCCGGACUCUUAAGUCUUAAAAGGGUAGAACUGAACGAUACCCAAAAACUCUUGAUUCGUCAAUAUUGGAAUAAUCAAUGGGCUACUCUUGGCAUUAUUUUCGACAAUGCGAUAAAGUGGUCUCAAAUAUACGAAAAAGAAGUUAUGGUGGAGUUUACAAGAGAUGUCAUGGACUACGCUGGAAAGCUCUUUUCGGAGUUGAGAGUGUUUGAGAAAGCCCUUACGGACACAGGGGAAACCAUUACCAUUGAUCUCGUGGCCUCCCAAGAUGACCAAGUCUCGGAUGAUGGUCGCCAGCUUCUUUCAAAAGUCAGCAUGAUUCUAAGUCGUGUUGCAUCUUGGCUUCGCCUCCGCGACGAGGCGUUACUCAGCAUGUGCCAAUCAUUAUUAUGUCUAAUGCUGAAAAAGUUUCAUAACGCUAGUAUUCCGCUGGGCGAUGACGCUCUUGAUAUAUGCCAGAAUAUGGCAGUGGGGACGCGGAAAAAGUAUAUUACCAACAUGACAGAUCAGCAAAAGCUUGAACUUCGUCUCGCAGUGGGUUUGCAUAGACCUAUUGAUAUUGUGGAAACCGAAGAACCUACGCCCUCGAUUAAGCUCGAAUUAGAGGAAGGGCCCAUCGUCGAGCCCCCGCCAAAGCGUCUCAAGUCAGAAGCAGUCAGUUUAGACUCAUGGGUCACUAAGUCAAAAGAUACAUAUCCAUCUCUAGCGAGCCCCCAAAUAACUCAGAAACAAAACUCCAAUGCGUUACCUCCCAAGGCGUCGCUUGUGAAAAAAGAAGAGCCCAAUUUGAAGCGUUCACAGCGGGCAUCCAUUUCUACCGGGUCUUCUCUCCUCAAGAGCAUCAAGGCCGAUGUUCGAAGCGAUAUCAAGGCAAGAAACAUGGUACAACCGCCCUCGACAAUCAAAUCGAUCACGUCCACGGAAGGCGUCAAGCUCAAAACCCUGAAUGCACUGAUAAUACCGCAGGUAGACAAACCGCAGAGGGUGAUACAAGAAGAGGACUCUUCUUCUUCUGACGAACAGGAAGACAUCGGAAAUGAUGUUUUCGCCAUACCAAAAUCCAUCAAACCUACCGAGAAGCCAAAGGGGCCACGUAGAACUGGAUUCAUAGGCGGUUCCACAAUAUUUACCAGGGGCCCUCUUGGCGAUCCUGGCCCGCGACAAGCACAAAGCGCUGCCGAUAUAAGAGCAAGACUAACUCCGGAUCUCACCCCGUUGUUCCGAAGCAUCUUAAGCUGGAAUUUCUUUCAUGCUGGUGACCUACCUCCAAACUCCACAAAGACGGACUACUCCAUGGUCACUCAAUCCUUUCGUUCUGCAAAAGAAUACGAAGAGACUUUUGAACCUCUACUAUUGCUAGAAUGUUGGCAGCAAAUUGUCACAGCUAGGGAGGAGGCACCAAAUGCAUCUGCUUUUGAUAUAAAAGUUGUGGCCCGAGGUUCCGCCGAUAGCUUUAUCGAAAUACAGGCGAACGUGCCCACGAACAUCCUCGCAACUUCAGAUAUUGUGCUUGUCAGCCAAUCCCAAAGCCCCGCGACGGGUGAUCCGAAAAUGUCAUGUCUGGCGCUCGUCCAAUCGGCUAGUAAUCGUAGAGGGACGCACGCCGAAAUAUCGCUCCGUUGCUUGCCGAAUUCUGAAUUUAUUCCAGCUAUUCGCCCUCAGGGGAACUUGCGUGGGAUCAAAGUAUUAUCGUUAACGCCAAUCGAAAGAGAGUAUGCUGCCUUAAAAGCAUUGCGAUACUACCACCUCUGUGAACAGAUUAUUAAAGGUCGACCCCACGUGCAUAUUGAGCCGGAAGAUCGACAUGUGAGCCGUACAAUGAAAGUCUACCAUGUCAACAAGCCGCAAGCUAGAGCAAUCAUUGGAGCCGUCCGCAACGAUGGGUUUUCUUUAAUACAAGGGCCACCGGGCACAGGGAAAACAAAGACCGUUAUUGCUGUUAUUGGUGCCUUGCUUCCAGAUGAUAAGGGGGUUACUAUAUCUAUCCCAGGAUCGAAACAGCCGUCAUCAGGUGUUGUGUCGAAGAAGCUACUCGUCUGUGCGCCAAGUAACGCGGCUGUUGACGAACUUGUCAUACGCCUGAAAGAAGGCGUCGUUAAACAAUCGGGAGAUAAAUUUACGCCCGCCGUUGUCCGCCUAGGCCGACUAGACGUCAUAAACCAGGCUGUCCAUGACGUGGCCCUUGAAACACUGGUCGAGAAGAAAAUCAACUUCCAAAAAGAAAAGGAAGACAGCUCAGGUGGAAAAUCAAAAGAGAAGCCUAAUACGAUUGAUGAAUUGCGUCCCCGAAUGGAUGUGCUACUUGCUGAGCGGAAGGCGAAAUGGGCCGAAAGCGACCAGGCUCGUAGUGAGCAGCGGGAACCACCUCUCAAACUCCGGGAAGAAAUUGAGGCUCUAACGAGAAAAAUCAAGGAUCUUGGCCGUCAGCUAGAUGAAAUACGUGAUCAAUCCGCAAUGGUGAAUCGGAACAACGAUAUCCGGCGAAGAGAAUUUAUGCAACAAGUUCUCGACGAGGCACAUAUUCUUUGCGCCACCCUAAGCGGUGCAGGUCAUGACACGCUGAGGAACCUCAACGUAGAGUUCGAAACUGUUAUCAUCGACGAGGCAGCACAAUCCAUUGAACUCAGUGCCUUGAUACCGAUGAAAUUUGGCUGCAAGAAAUGUAUCAUGGUUGGCGAUCCAAAACAGUUGCCACCCACAGUGCUCUCCCGCGAAGCAUCAAAGUUCGCCUACGAGCAAAGUCUUUUCGUCAGGAUGCAAAAGAACCACCCUGAGUCAGUUCAUUUGCUCAGCAUUCAGUAUAGAAUGCACCCAGCCAUCAGCAGUUUCCCUAGCGAGAUGUUCUACAAUUCACAGUUGGAAGAUGGGCCUGAUAUGACGAUGCUACGAUCACAGCCCUGGCAUCAAAGCUUAUUCUUUGGCCCCUACAGGUUUUUCAACGUAGUUGGCCAGGAAGCUAUGUCAGGGCAUUCAAUGAAAAACAUACAUGAGGUAAAUGUCGCUUUGAUGAUCUACAAACGACUCGUGGCAGAUUUCCCAGAGACAAACUUCAGUGGAAAGAUCGGGAUUAUUACACCGUAUAAAACCCAGCUACAUGCGCUACGCCAGAAGUUCGUGGAUACAUAUAAUGAUCAGAUACUCAGGACGAUUGAGUUCAACACAACCGAUGCAUUCCAGGGACGAGAACGUGAGAUCAUCAUCUUCUCUUGUGUUAGGGCGUCUCAAAAAUCCACUAUUGGGUUUUUAAGUGACAUCCGACGCAUGAAUGUCGGCUUAACGAGAGCGAGAUCUUCCCUCUUUGUUCUCGGGAAUGCAAAUACUCUUAAAAAGAAUGAAUUCUGGGCCAGUCUCGUGGAAAAUGCUCAAGAUCGAGGCUACUAUACAGAAGGAAAUUUCGAACAGUUGCUUCGGCGCCCUUGCCGAACGACAAUGAAACAGAUUGAGAAAAGGCUAAGUGGAGUUUCAAUCUCACCGGCGGAUGCCUCGACUUUUAAGGAGGAGAAACCAUCACCUAAGAUUGCCAUAAUGGAACGGGGUCUAGAUAAUCCCGUUUCUGCGAUCGUGAAAGAUGAGACGAUGGAGUCAUCGUCAACAAUGGAAAGCAGUGCGAAGGAUAAGGUCGCUAGAGCACGGAAUGCAGAAAGUCAAGGAUCUUUGGCCGUUCCCAAGACCAAAAAUAACAUGGAAAAAUCCAAGAAAAGGCACCGCGAAGACAUUUUGCCAGCGGAGAAAACAGCCGUAGCCCCCAUUGCUAUGGGUGAAGCACUAGACACCGCCGCCCAAGAGACAGGCUCCGAUACAUUAGAUAUACCGUCAGCCAAAACAAAUCCAAACAUCAGCCGUCCUCCGCCAAAUCCAGCAAUGCCUACUGGAGGACAACAGCCACGCCGCCCAAUGCCUGGCUCUAGAGGGCCUUUGCCCCUCAAAAAGAAGAAGAAUAUGGAAGACGCGAUGUUUAUCAAAAGAAAACCGCCACGGCCCUAA